GAAAAUUAUUUGACGCAAUUUGACUCUAAUAUAAUUGCAGUGCAAGAUUGACUAGCAAUCUUAACCCAGUCAUCAAAUUAUCCAUUUUUUUUAGCCUAAUAAAGCAAAAGAAAUCGCUAUGGAAAAGAAUAAACUUUCAUUUAAGUUAGAUGAGCCUGUUACUACGGCUCUAAAUGUAAAUCCACUGACUGAUGUCAAUAAGGAAGACAGCCUGUCUUUUGUAGUGCUUGGUCAAGAUUCAUUGGAGGCUCAAGCUUCCUUAUUAGCUUCGUAUACUGAUCUUCAACAGAAAAGCAUGUUAAUCGAUUAUGAGUCAAUAGUGUCAUCGAUGACCACAACUGAGAUACAACACAAAUUGAUAGAAGUGUGGCAAGAAAAUGUGAAAUUGAAUGAAACUUUAAGGAAGAAUAACAUAUCUAUGAAGCAACAGUUCGAUACCCUGACAGAGUUGAUGAAGGAAUCAAAAAAAGUUCGUCAGGUUCACAAGCAAAAGUUUGCAGAAACUCUAAACUCCAUGAAUCAUUUGCAAAAGGAAAAUACAGAAUUGAAAUCUAAUUUCUGGUCUUUUGAAUACCUCCAAGAUAUUCAGUAUGAGAUUGUUAAAGUUUUUUCUGAUGAUACCAUUGUUGUUCCUUCCAAGCCUGAGAAACUUGACGCAAAUGAAAUAUGUGAAUUUGCAGCUAUAAUAUCAAAAAUAGCAGAUAAACGUCUUAAAAAAUUCAUAAAAUUUGUAUUAUCGAAGAAAUUUGAUAUUAAAGAAGAAUUACAAAACUUGCAGCAAUUAGAAAUGGAAAAAGAAUUACAGUCUGCAAUGAUAGAUGACAGCAUAAAUUACAAACUUUACGAUGAAGAGAUUAGAGAAAAUUCGAAAUGUUUGGAGGUAAAAAAUCAGGAAAUUGUUUGCUUAAAAGAAUCCAUUCCUCUACAUGAACAGAAGUUGCAAUGUGUUCUUACUCCUGUUCAACAAGAUUUAUUAGGAACAUCCAAUUUAAAUCAUCAAAAAUUCGUAGAAAAUAUAAAGCAGUAUAAUGAUAUGCUGCAAGAGUUAACCAAAUGUUUUAUAGGACAAGUAGUACGUUUUGUUACCAUAGAAAAAGAUUUAAAGGAAAUUACGGAUAUACUUAGACUUGACGACAAUUCUAAAAUGCAAUAUAAAGAGAAAUUAUGUCAAUAUUACAAAGAAUUAACUGAUGAACAAAUGAAAAUCAUUAUUGAUAGGCAGACGCUAAUAAAAUCACAAAACCAAUUCCAAAAGAUAUUGUCUGAUCACAAUUCUGUUCUACAUGAAUUGCAAAUAAUGCUCGAUAAAAACGUGAAACUAAACAUUUUAGAGGAUAAUAGCUUUUGCAAGAAUUCACAAACGUUAGAGCAACUGGAACACGACAAGCAAUCAUUAGAACAAGAAAAAAAUAUUUUCGAUCAAGAGAAGAACACUUUCGAUCAAGAGAAAGAAAAAAAAUCCUUUGAAAUUCAAAAAAAGAGCUUGGACAUGGAACGUACAUCAUUGCAAGACGAGAGAAAACUUUUAGAACAAGAAAAAAUCGCUUUAAAUGAAAAAAAAAUGUCACUUGAUCAUCAGAGUCAGUUAUAUAAAAAUUGCGAAAGUGAUCUUCACAAUGAAAAAAAAACGAAAACAAGAUUGCAAGCCCGUAUUAAACAAUUAUCGGAUAAGACAAGUAGCUUGCAACAGCAAAUUGAAGAAAAAGAAAAAAAAUUUGAAAAGAUGCUACAAUUGCUUGAACAAUGCGCGGAAGAGAAAAUUGCAUUACGAUCGCAAUCAUUGAUUGACAAAGAAGCUUUUCGAAAUUUAGAAAAAAUGAAUGAAGCAUUGUUGGAAGAAAAGUGUAAAUUGGAUAAGGAAUUGCUGAAGCAAAUAGACUUUAACAAACAGUUACAAUCCCGUUACAAAACACCUAACAACUCUACUGAUAUGUCAGAACAAAUGUUUAAGAAAUGUUUAAGAAAUUACAACUGUACAUGUAGUCGAAAUAAAAUGCUGUCCAAAAUACUGUAAGAAGUUCAUAUCACCGCAUUCAAAGACUUAAAAAAUGCUUAAAAGAUUAAGAAAUCA